UGUUGACAAAUUUUACUCAAAAGAUACAUUGACUUUAAUGAUGUGGUUUUGUAACACAAGAAGCCAAGAUGACAAUUAAAAGAUCCCUUAUCUACACGACCAAGAUGGGAGCAGCACAUGGUUUUGCCUUCUACCAGAAAUUCUUCAUUCAAUGGUUUCAAAUUACUGGCACUGGUGUGAGCUGAUAGCUUAACUAAUAGGUCCAAUUUGCUGCCAACCAAAGUGAAGAGAUGAACUUAUCACCAAUUUAUGGCCCCAUGUUUACAUGAACAACAGGCAUCAGCACAUGGCUUUCCUCUUAUUGUUAGUAGCAAAACUUCAUCUCUAACUACAAAGCCUGUCUACAACCUCUUGUAUAAAUAAUCCCCCUUUCAUGAGUCUUUCAUCCUAAAACAAGCAUUAUCACUUCUGUCCUUAAGGUCCCUUAAAUUUCUAGUUUUAUUUCUUGUUUUACAAUCUUCCAGAGAAGAGAUGAUGCUCAGUAAAAAGAAACUCAUCACCAUGGUCAAGAGAUGGCAAAAGUUCGCCGCCAAGCAGAGGAAGAGGAUUUCAUUUCCAAGAAAUGAAACUAAUACAGACAGUUGCAGUACAUCCUCAUCCUCUAUAGUUGAAAAAGGCCACUUUGUAGUCUAUACAAUUGAUCAAAGGCGCUAUGUGUGUCCCUUGGCUUACCUUGAAAAUGAGGCCAUUGCGCAACUUCUAAACAUGUCUGAAGAAGAGUUUGGGCUACCAAGUGUUGGCCCUAUUACAUUACCCUGUGAUUCAGCCUUCAUGGACUACAUCAUUUCGCUAAUAAAGAAAGACAUAGCUGUUGGAGAUCUUCACAAAGCAUUGUUCCUCUCAAUUCCUUCAUGUUGUUGCACUUCAACUUCUUAUUUGCACCAAGAAAGUGGAAACCAACAGAUUCUUGUUUAUUGAGUCAUUGACAUCAUGUUCUGUAAAUGAUAGCUCAAAAUAGAUUGUAUAGCAGGUGAAAAAUAGACAACUGAAACAUUUUAUUGUUACAGAUGGAAUAGAGCUUUAACAUUCUCAUCUUGGGGUAGUACUGCCAUUUUAAUGCAGGCAAUCAACUUUGUCCAUCAAAACUUACAGAUAUACGAACCACGCCAACACAAGUCUAAAUGACAUGGAAAUUCAUUGUAAAGAGUUCAAACAAAGUGAAAUCAUAAAAUGUUCCUCUUUCAGAUUCUCUUUGCAGUUAAAUUUCAUACUUGAUCAAUAUAGAUUGAAGAAAGCUGCAAAUUUCAACAACCAUUUAGAAAGUAUAACAAAUCUCAGUGGUUAUUCCUAAUUCCUACAGGACAUUAAUUGAGCCACCAUUUUAAUUUUUUGUUUCUGGUGACAGGUCAUUCAAAUCCAAAUGUAUAAAUGGAUCCUACCAGUUUUCCUCAGGCCACAAUACCAGAGCCUGAGUCUUGAGAGAUGGAGACAUGGUCCCCAAUGUAUCAAGAUUUUACAUGUGUAAUUUCAAUUAGCUUAUAACUUGGAUGUAACUAAGUCAUAAUAUCAGGAGACAUUGCAAGACAAACCACCUGUUGAAAUCAAAAAGACUUACAAGACCAUGGUCUACAAUAUGCUUAGUGGAAAUGAAG